GGCGGUGAUGACGCGCAGGGCGGGCCCUGAGGUUCGGUUGUGUGGAGCCGGAGCGGGCGACUGGAGCGGCGCGGUCCUCGGGGCAGAAAAUACCUGCAAAAAUGUCUCUUUAUCCAUCUCUUGAAGAUUUGAAGGUAGACAAAGUAAUUCAGGCUCAAACUGCCUAUUCUGCCAAUCCUGCCAACCAAGCAUUUGUUCUGGUGGACGCUGCUGCUGCUCUCCCUCCAGAUGGAAAUCUGUAUCCUAAACUGUAUCCAGAGCUCUCUCAAUACAUGGGACUGUCUCUAAAUGAAGCUGAAAUAUGCGAGAACAUGCCCGUGGUCUCUGGAGCACCAGCACAAGGGCAGUUGGUAGCAAGACCAUCCAGUGUGAACUAUAUGGUAGCACCUGUGACAGGUAACGAUGCUGGAAUUCGGAGAGCAGAAAUUAAGCAAGGGAUUCGUGAAGUCAUUUUGUGUAAGGAUCAAGAUGGAAAAAUUGGGCUCAGACUUAAGUCAAUAGAUAAUGGUGUAUUUGUCCAACUAGUCCAGGCUAAUUCCCCAGCCUCCUUGGUUGGGCUGAGAUUUGGGGACCAGGUGCUCCAGAUCAACGGUGAGAACUGUGCGGGCUGGAGCUCUGAUAAGGCACACAAGGUGCUCAAGCAGGCGUUUGGAGAGAAGAUUACCAUGACCAUCCGUGACAGGCCCUUUGAACGGACAGUUACUAUGCAUAAGGACAGCAGCGGGCAUGUUGGCUUUAUCUUUAAAAGUGGAAAAAUCACAUCCAUAGUGAAAGAUAGUUCUGCUGCCAGAAACGGCCUUCUCACUGAUCACCACAUCUGUGAGAUCAACGGACAGAACGUCAUUGGCUUGAAGGAUGCACAGAUUGCAGAUAUACUGUCAACAGCCGGGACUGUGGUUACCAUCACAAUCAUGCCUGCUUUUAUCUUCGAACACAUUAUUAAACGGAUGGCUCCCAGCAUUAUGAAAAGCCUGAUGGAUCACGCCAUUCCUGAAGUUUAAACCCUUGUACAACCAAACACAGCUGAAUGUUUCCAGUUUUCUUCUUCGGCAACUUGUCUAUUUCGCACAUGAAGCUUUCCCGGAGCCAGAGAGAAUAUGCUGCAUGGAGACCUUUCUAUCUUCUCUCAUAGCUAGGAACCCACUCUAUCUGAUACCGGCUUCAGAUUUUAAGAUGGGUGUAGCCUUAGCCUGGUUUUACAGAUGUGAAACUCUCAAAAGAUUUACUGACUUCCCUAGACUGGGUCCCUUACUGGGAACCUGAUGUUUUUAUAUAAGCCAUCGUGAUUAGGAUGACUGGUGUAGGCUUAGCCGUGUCUGAGACCUGGUCAGCUUUCUCCCAGAACAGAGCACAGUGCUAGUCAUGCGCUUCAGUUCUGUGGCAUACUUGGACUUUAGUACGCCAGCGUAGUACACUUAGAAUGAUUGCCUUUGAUAGUUAUUUUUUUAAGUUUUCUCAGUGUGCGUGUGUAAAAUUCCAAUUAAUCAACACUGUUUUCAUUCCACAAAAGCAUUACACAGUUGUGUGUAGGUUGCAAGAGACUGUAAUGAUUGUCACUAAAUCUUAACUACCUUCACUUAAUAUGCUUCAAUUGUCGCCUUAACUACAGUAAGCAUUUAGAAUAAAAGCCAAAAUAGAAUUAUUGCUGCCUUCUGAAACCUGAGAUGUUAGCUCUCUAUUAAGCUGUUCUGUGCUAGACCUGAGCAGCUCACUGGUAAAGCAGAGCUGCCUACUUGUAUCAAGAUUUUCUAGUCACUGCAUAAAGGAAACGCCUAAGAGUUGCCGUAUUGCUUUCUGAGAAACAAAUUGCUAUAUAUUUCAUGUAAAAGUUGUUAUACUAAAUAGAAUAAAUUUUGAAGUCUCUUUUUCACUUAUAGAUUAAGUGGGUAAUAUCUAAUUUGCCAUUUGAGUCCUAACAUUAUGUAACUUUAGCUAGGCUGGGGUGGUUUGAGAAUGUUUCCCUAGUCAUCUUAAUUUGUUCCAUUUUCUGACUCCGUCCUAUAAACAAAAAUGGCAAUGACAUUUUAUCCUGAUUUUUUUUUCUUUCUUAGUUUGUGCCUAUCCUAUUAUGUGAUAUUAUCUUAUUAAAUGUAUAAAAACGUUAAAUUUUAGUCUGUCUGUGAUUGCAUCAAUCCUUACUGUGAGGCGAACAGCUUUAGCUAAGACUGCCUGGAAAUACACUUGCUGGGCGUCCUUCUUGGCCAGCCUGUGGCCACCUUCACCAUGCGCACUUGACAUCAGUGAAGGAACCUGGAAAGUCUGCUGUGUCUCUAGUGAAACCCGAGACCAUCCACAAGUAUAAGUGACACUUUAACUCAAGAUUCUACUACUUUAGUCUGGUUCAAGAAUGUUUACUUUUCUCUAUAACAUGCUUCAGAAAAUUUGUAACUUUGUAGUUGCUGUUCAGAGACUGAAUGUAAAAGAAAAUCAUUACAGUUUCUAUAUAGGCUGCCUUGUUGGAAAUUUAUAAUUCCCAGUUUGAUUAUCCACCUUGCUUUCUGGACUUGGUUCUGAAUGUAGGUACAAAAUAAUGAAAUUGUAUUUGUGUCAUAAAGUACGGUUUUGUAGAAGGA